UCCGGAACAGCUGUUUAGGUUUUGCCUUUUGUUUUCUUUUUUAUUUUGCGAAAACUUUGGACCACUGUAGAAACUUGUCACAUAUGAAGAAAAAAUUUAAGUUUUGCUUUCAAUAAUUCCACCGGCACUCAGGAAUUCCAACGGCCAUAAAAAAGGAUAAUCGCGUGCCAUGAAUGAAAGCAGCGAAAGCAACAGUAGCCAUGGCACAGCUGGCACCCCUCUUAAUUUGCCCCACAUACCGAUUGUAACCUCAGUGAGUUGCUGCCUCAUACUAUCUGUAGUAUAUGUCGCCAGUUUAUAUGUAUGGAGCACAAAGCAUAAUCGUGACCACCCAGCAACAGUAAAACGGCGUUUCUUCAGCGUGUCCGUUGUAAUGUUAGUAGCUCCACUUUUUGUAUACAAAUUUUCGUCGCCCCAGUUAUUGGAACGUGCAUCGUUUCCAGAACUUUUGGGUCUGCGUUGGCAGGGACUAUUUCCAGCCAUUGCAAUACCGUAUUUGCUAACUAUGCUCUUGUUUUUGGGUCCAUUAUGUGUCCAGAUGCAAAAUGAGUCGCUUCAAAUGUAUAUGGAUAUGGACUUUUGGGUUGGGUCAUUCAAAAAUAUACUUUGGAUACGUAAUCAUAUAAUGGCACCAUUGAGCGAAGAAUUCGUUUUUCGUGCAUGCAUGAUGCCAUUGAUAUUGCAGAGUUUUUCCCCAUUGACGUCCGUCUUCAUAACGCCGCUCUUCUUUGGCACAGCGCACAUACAUCACAUCGCCGAGCGUCUUAGCUUGGGCAUGGAACUGAAGACUGCCUUAGUGAUAUCUUGCUUUCAGCUAACAUACACAACAAUCUUUGGAUUUUACUCAGCCUUCCUGUUCGCACGUACAGGUCACUUUAUUGCACCUUUCCUUGUGCACGCAUUUUGCAAUCAUAUGGGCUUACCUGACGUACAGGACUUAUGGCAGCAGCAUUUAGUACGCCGAAUUUUACUUAUUAUUUGCUAUAUUAUUGGAUUUGUCGGUUGGAUAAUACUGUUGCCAGUAGCUACACAGCCAUCGCUGUAUUCAAACAAUUUGUAUUGGAAUAAUUAAACGAAUUAGCGGUAUGCCUUCCGCAUUUCAUACGGUACACUAAUGUUACAAGUGACCACUUGUCAAUAAGCCUAAUGUUUUAAACAUAUGUAUCUACAUAUGUGCUUACUACAUCCACAUAUUGUAUCUACAUAUUAAACGUGUAAAGCAUAUGCGCCUUUUUAUUAAUAA